CUAUAUUGUCUGAAGAUGUUAACCUCACGGCUUUAGCCGGAUCCAAUUUCGGCGGUGGCACCACGGUCGGUUGGUCUUCUGCUUUGGAGCCGCCAGACCACUUGCGUGAAGAAUGGGCGAAAAAAUUUGUCUCCGUGAUUCCACAAAAUUCCGCGUCUAGACCUCAUCAAUGCGGCUGGUGUGGUUUCGGAUGUAAAUAUGGAGAGAAACAAGGGGCCGUAAUGACAUAUCUGAAAGAUGCAAGAGACUUUGGCGUUAAUUUUCUUCAAAACUGCUUUGUAAAUAAGGUGCUGAUUGAAAAUAACCAAGUCAUUGGUGUUGAGGCGAUUUUUAAUGGUCGCCACCAGUUUAAGGUGAUGGCCAAGAAAGUUAUUGUUGCCAGUGGAGCCAUUCAUAGUCCAGCUUUACUUUUACGAAGUGGUCUUAGGAAUAAACACAUUGGCAAAAAUUUGCACGUCCAUCCCACCGCCGGAGUUUAUGGUGUGUUUCCUAAAAAGGAAAUUAAAACUUACGAAGGGACUAUCAUGACUGCA